CAAAGAAACUAAGCUCCAGCUCUCUCUCCUACUAUUUUUAUUACCAUUUACGAGGCUGCAACCCCGCCUACCUUUUUUUUUUUCCCCUUUGGUGAACCUGAAUGGCGACGACGAAGGCGACGCCGCCAAACUCCAAACUUGUCCAUAUCGUAUUCCAUGUACCGGAAGGUUUGGAGUUCGUUGCAAAGAAUGAAGUCAAUUCAAAGCUAGCACCCAAGUUGCAAGAACAACAGCAGUCAACAAUAACAACAACGAUCGUGGCCGAUCCCAACACAGGUCGGGUCCACUUGAUUUGUUCAAUUGACCUUUCAGCACUUGUCACAAUGAUAAAGUCAAUACACUUGCUCAGCGUUCGAGAUAUCGUGCUUGUCGCGUCCAUGGUUGUGCUACCCGAAGAGAUAUUUGAAGAUCGUGAAAAGACCUGUCAAAUUAUUGCGGAUACCGCUACAGCAACCGAUUUUGAUCCUUACGUUACAUCGCUUCAAUAUGGCCCCACUACAGAUGAAAACAACGAUAACACCGCAGCAACGACAAAAACGACCUUUCGCGGCACGUUUUAUAAAGAAGAAUUGACGCAUUCCAUCAAAACACCCGAAUUGGCAAGUUGGAUCGGAUUUGGAUUCGGCACCCAGUAUCCAGACUACAAGGUCAAUCUGGAACAGUUCAAUUACGAAGCGGUUGGCUUGUGGACGCGUACGGCAAAUCACAGCUUGUUGGAUCUUAUUGCUGUUGUUCCUCAAAACCAACAUGACGGUGGUGAUUAUGAGCAUGAAAAGAAAAAGAUGAAGAAAAAUCCACCCAUCCUAUUGAUGGUGGGCGUGACAAUCAAAACGAAUGUCGUAAAAAACCGAAAUCGCCAGUUUUUUGGAAAAACAAGCUUGAAUCCAUGUAUCGCGUAUUGUUUGGCACAAGUGGCAAAUCCAAGUCCAGGACAGGUGGUAUUGGAUAUGUGCUGUGGCACAGGCACCAUCCCGAUUGAAGGCGCGUCGUGUUAUCCUGAUGCAAUAUGGAUUGGAAGUGAAGUUCAUGAAACGACAUUAUGCGAAAAAGCAAGAGGAAAUGUACUGCAUUCUGGUGUACAAAAUACUGAGCUUAUGCUGGGCGAUGGCCGGUGUCUAUGUCUCCGAGAUGAUAGUGUGGAUAUUAUACUGACAGACUGGCCAUGGGGCUUACGAGAAGGGUCUUUUUUGGCAAUCCAAAGACUUUAUCCAAGGUUCAUGAAGCAAAUUAGCAGAGUUUUGAGAUCGAAAGGAAAAGCAUAUAUCGUAACACAAGGACACAAGCUUUUGAACCGAGUCUUGGAUUAUCCAUGGUGUGCAGCAACAUGGGAUAUUAAUGAAAUCAAACCGAUAGCCAUAGGCGGCCACAAGGUCUCCUUGUACAUAUUAACUAAAAAGUUAUAAUCAUCAUACCUUAUUGCAUACAAGUUUUCCAUACAUUUACAUCACCAUCCUUUGUUUUUUCAGUAACUUGAAAGCGCUUCAUUAAAUCAUUCCCUUUUUGCUUAUGAUCAUUCGCAUAUUGUAUGCUCUAGCUAUAAAUUUACCCUAUUGCAAGCAAAAGGGUCUACUUUAAAAGUGACGCUAUAGCUGAUGAAAAAUGUAAUGAAAAGGAAUGGAUAAAUGUUUUUGUAAGCUCUGUAAAUACUGCUAUACCGCUGAAAAAAUAUGUAAAUGUAAAGAUCAAUGUAUCAUAGUAUGAUACUAU